AUCGACAAAAGUCCUCGAUGUCAUCAGUGGCGUAACCUUUUGCCCCUCUGCCGGGAAUUUAAUGACUUGGCCGAAUUCGGGGGCGGGAGCUGCUCCCUACGGCGGCAAAACGACAGAGCGGCGGGAGCUGCCCUGCUCUGCCCUGUUCGGAGCAUCCCGGCACAACAUCAGCCGGGAUGGGACCGGGAAAGAGGGGCCGGGAAGGGACAUCCCGCGGCGCCACGCGGGGCGAGGAGGCUGCAAUUAGCCGAUCUUCACGCCGCAGCCCGCGGGCAGAGGCGGCCGGCGCGCCGGCUCCCCCCGGGUAUCGCUGUCUCGGGGAAGGAGGAGGAGGGUUUGGCUCUUUUUUUUCAUCUCCCCUCCUCCCCCCCGCCUCUUUUCCAGCCAGUAAAGAGUGUCUGCCCCUUUGAACGGCCGGCACAGCGCCUGCGGCUGCACACACACGCACGCACACACCCGCCGGCUAUAAAUAAGUUAAGGAGCCGGGCAGAGGGCGAGCGCUGCGCGUCUGCCGGCGGGACCAGGAGGCAGGGACCGCCCCGCCGAGCCUCCCCGGCGGCUCAGCCCGCCCCGGGCGCCGCACCCGCGGGUGCCAUGGCGUGCGCGGAGCGCCGCUGCCGCUGCUGCGCGGAGGGCCGGCGGCACGGCAGCAUCCUCUACAGCAUCCUCCGCAGCGAGCAGCGGGCGCUGCCGCCGGCCGGCCCGGCGCCCCGGGGCUGCCCGUGCGGGUCGCGGCGGCGGGUGGCCCUGCGGAGCCCGCAGGUGGCUUGCAAGGCGGCCUCGGCCGUGCUGGUGAAGACGCUGCGCUUCGUGCAGAACGUGCCCUGCUUCCAGGAGCUGCCGCUGGAGGAGCAGCUGCUGCUGGUCCGCAGCUGCUGGGCGCCCCUGCUGCUGCUGGGGCUGGCGCAGGACCGGGUGCACCUGGAGACGGUGGAGAGCGCGGAGCCCAGCAUGCUGCAGCGCAUCCUCACCGCCCGGCAGCACGGCGAGCGGGCACCGGCACCGGCACCGGGCCGGCCGCACCACGGCCCGCACCUGCCCUCGGCCGGAGAGAUCCAGGCCAUCAAGGGCUUCCUGGCCAAGUGCUGGAGCCUGGACAUCAGCACCAAAGAGUACGCUUACCUCAAGGGGACGGUGCUCUUCAACCCGGAUCUACCUGGACUGCAGUGUACACAGUACAUUGAAGGAUUGCAGAGGGAAGCACAGCAAGCUCUAAAUGAACAUGUCAGACUCAUUCACAGAGGUGAUGAAGCCAGAUUUGCCAAGCUGAAUGUUGUUCUCUCCUUGUUAAGGUCUAUUAAUGCUAAUGUGGUUGCUGAAUUAUUCUUCAGGCCCAUCAUUGGAGCAGUGAACAUGGAUGACAUGCUUUUGGAAAUGCUUUGUGCAAAAUUAUAAUUAAAAUUGUAAAGGUGUGUAAAAUAAUGACAAGAAGCCCAGUGCAAAGGAAGCUCCAGAGCAGGAUAGUGUAAAAUAUUGUAAAUAAACUAACUUAUUGUUUUUACAUAGAUAGUAUUUUUGUAUUCCAUAAUAAAAUAUUCUUCAAGUUCUGGAAG